AUUCGACAUCCACACACCACGUAUACCACACAGAUGUGCAUGCGCAUGCUUCGCCGCUGAACAAAUAUACCCUCCACUCGUCUAGGCGUGCCCUCUGGGAGACCAAUCGAAGGCCCCUCGGAUGAGCCGAGAGUCGAGGGCCAUGGCUUCCCCCGGCCGCUCGAGAUCUCAGCAGAGGCUGGGAGAAUCCAGAAAUACCGCCUUCGACGAACGUGAACUCUUGCACUCGUUGAACAAGCUCACCAUUGAAACCUCUCCUGCCACGAUUGCACGUGGGAGGGCACGCUUAUCGCCGUCACCCAGCUCGACUUCGCGUUCGAGGCCGACAACCUCGCGACUAUCGCCCGUGUCCCCCGACAGCAGGCCCCCUUCCCGUAGCCCGGCGAACCGGUCAAGUUCGAGGGGUCUCGGACCACAGUCCCGAUCGGCAACACCAACCCUCCUCCGCAAGGCCUCGAUGAAUUCGCUACACUCGUCCAACGGGGUCGCCCCGGCUCGCGCCCUCUCCCGCCGGAGUAGCUCUUCCCACCUUUACUCGCCCUCCGUCGCGAGGUCGCCGUUGCACGCCUACCCACGGGAUACAGACGACCCCAGGGACCGGCCGGUGCCGACGGCAGCUUCGAUAGCACAGGCGUACCUGCGGAAAGAAUUGGAAUUGCUUCACGGGCCCGCCGCCAGGAAUGGCCCGGAGACCGUGGUUGUCCUGCAGGAUGCCUGCUACGGACACCGAUUCGCUCGGCCUCGCACCAGCAAGGCGAUGCUUAGUACCAUCGUCGAACGCCCCGAGAGGGUCCAAGCCGUCGUUCUGGGACUAUCGAUGGCGUACGUUCGACUCGGAGAGCGGCACUGCGACGGAAAACAUGCCAUCUAUCCCCAGCUUGAUCCCACGUCGAUCACUGAUGUUCCCUUUCGCAUUCACAAGACCGAACGCACGCUCCCGCUGACGUCUACUGUCGUGACGAACGUCCAUGGAGCCAAAAAGUGGAUGGAGGAGCUCAAGAUCAUGUGCGACUCCGCAGAGACGAAGCUUGCCCUAGACAUGAGCGAGCUGCAUAGGCCCGAGAUGAAUCGUGGGUCGGACGCAGGCGCCCCAGAGAAGUUCCACGACGGCGACCUCUACCUCUGCUCGGAGUCCCUGGACGCAUUCGAAGGGGCGCUCGGUGCUGUUUGCGAAGCCGUUGAUCAUGUCUUCUCCGAUUCGUCUUACAAGCGUGCCUUCGUCGCCGUACGACCCCCCGGCCACCAUUGUUCCGCAACCCACCCCUCGGGUUUCUGCUGGAUCAACAAUGUCCACGUCGGCAUCAUGCACGGCAUCCUUACCCACGGAUUGACCCACGCAGCCAUCAUCGACUUCGACCUGCACCACGGAGACGGGUCGCAGUCCAUUGCGUGGCAACAUAACAGGCGGGGAUUGCCCCGGAACGUGGCCGCCUGGAAGAGAACCUCAAUCGGGUACUUCAGUCUCCACGACAUCAACUCGUUCCCUUGUGAGCAGGGCGACGAAGACAAAGUUAAGAACGCUAGCCUGUGUAUCGAGAAUGCUCACGGGCAGACUAUGUGGAAUGUCCAUCUGGACGCGUGGAAGACCGAUCUCGAGUUCUGGAAGCUGUACCGCACCAAAUAUUGUGUCAUCCUAGAGAAAGCCCGAAACUAUUUACGAACGCAGGCUGAACGAUACCGCAACUCUGGUCAGGUGCCUAGGGCUGCCAUCUUUUUGUCUGCCGGCUUCGACGCGAGCGAGUGGGAGGGUGAAGGAAUGCAACGCCACAAGGUCAAUGUACCCACAGGAUUCUAUGCCCGGCUUACCCGGGACGUGGUAAACAUAGCAUCCGAAGAGGGGCUGGGUGUGGACGGCCGAGUCAUCAGUGUCCUCGAAGGUGGCUACAGUGACCGGGCCCUGUAUUCGGGUGUGCUCAGCCACUUGAGCGGUCUAGCCGGCAACGAGUCUACGUUGCCUAGAGAGGAAGUUCCCGGGGGGCUCGCCCACGAGAUGGGCAGCAGGAUCGGAUCCUACAGCAGGCGAAACACGCUCACGGAUAGCGAAACCAAGUUCAAGACGGCCGAGUUCCCAUUCGACCCAACUUGGUGGUCUGCUCCCGAACUCGACCGGAUGGAUGCUACCUUGGCCGCUCCGCCACCGGAGCCGGUCAAGAGGAUUCGGACCUCGACGCCCGGAAACUACUCCUCGCCGACGCAGUCGUCGGUAGCCAAGGCGCUAAACCCGGCCAAGUUCCGUCAGAGCUUAGCAGGGUAUUCGCCCUCUCCCGUACCGUUCUCGCGACCGCCGACCCCUCCUCCCCCGGAUGUCUCCUGGGCCACUGCCGCCCACGAGCUCAGCAAACUUCUCAUACCCAAAGACCGUCAAGUCGGUAGCUGCACGUUUGAAGACUUGAACGCCGAGGCAACCAAGGCUAGACGCGAACGUCAAUCUUUACUAUCGCUGGCCGAUUCGAUUGACGAGGAUUCUGUGGUUCAGGCACCCGUUAGGAAAUCUCUCCGAGAAAGGAAGCCGGCAAGGCCGGCUCCUGAUAUCGAAGAGACAAGGACGCGUAGGAAGACCGUCGGCGGCCCUCCGGUCCUCGCUACAGAAAAGGCCGUGGCUCGAGGAAUUCCAGCGCAGAACGGUCCAAAGUUGGCUCGGCAACCUAGUAGACAGUUCAGUGGCGCGUCUUCAUUAGGAAUUAGCGACGUGGUUGGUGCAAUUCAGAGGCCUAAGACCUCUCUGAGCACCCGGCCGGACACGUCGAUGAGUGUUCGAACCGAGGCCCCCAGCUCCUCGCUGAAUAUCAGGAAGACGCGGGCACCCGCGCCUCCUAAAAAGGAACCCGCUCGAGCCCCGAAGAAGACGAGGCCUCCACCCACCCAAACCGAUUCGAAGCCGGAACAGGUAGACUCAGCUACGGUCUCCGAGAUGGUGGUUGAUAAACCAGAUGAAGCCGUCUCCAUGCCAGCCCCGAAGCCUCCAAUCAGUCAAUCCGAAACGGCGGCCCCAGUCGCUGCAGAUACCACAAACGAUUUUGACAAGAUCACAAAUGGUAUGAAGAGGAUCAGGAUCAAUGUAGUAACCAAGGAGAUGAAGGAGGCUAGAGCAAAAGCCGAAGCGGAGAAAAGAGCAGCGGCCCAGAAGGCUUCGUCUCCUUCCGCUAAGAAUGGCACUGCCGCACCCGUCAGAACAGGGCGUGUAUCGUUAGAAUCUAGGACGACCGACACAAGCAGCCCAGACAUUCUUACUUCGUCCGGGUCUGAGCGGCCUAAGGCGGUCUCGCGCAACCCAACGAUACCCACUAUCAGGACGCCUCGGGAGUCGAAGCCGAUGUCGCCCCCUCCUAGCUCUCCAGUGCAAUAUUCUCCGGAGGAUACUCGCACGCCGGGCCCUCAGAAGAAGGCUCAGACUCCUGCUGCCAGCACGCCAUCAUUCCCGUUAAGCCCAGGCCGGAAGGGUGGUCACGGCUUCACCUCCACCUCGGACAUUCCCUUCGCGUCGCCGCCAGCCCAGGAGCCGUGGUCGGCGUCGAGGGACAACAUACCACCAACGUUGGCACGGGCGCCCAUCAAAGCCGACACGGCCGGCAGGGGGGUGUAGGAAAUUUCCAACUCACUAUUGCGCAACCUGUCGACGUCGAUGUUUCCACUCUCGAUUUACGAAGGAGCCGACUGAUCUGGGUGCUCGUCGUCCCCGCGGGCGUGGAGAGAGGCUCGAAAGAGAUGUACGUGGAGAGAGGGGAAGGGAAGUGGAGUAAUGGGGAGGUGGGGACGGUAGAAAACGGCGUUUAUCAAAUGAUGCCCAAUACACCUAUGAUGUCCAAUCAUGGAUUGUUGAGAUUUGCCGUUUUGUUGUUGGCCAAUCCUUUUCAGUCGGUUUU